ACUUUCCCUUUUGUUCACUUGAGAAGUUGAAGCAGUAACACUCACACUCACAAAAAAUCAAACAAAUCAAAUCUAAUGUGACCUCAAACUCCAACGUUGUCCAUGUUUUCUGUGCUUUUGCCGUUUUAGGGUUUUUGAGGCACUGAAAUCAGAGGCAGUGAAGAGUGAAGUGUGAAGUUGGAAGCUGGAAAAAGUUCAGAUUUUGUUGAUGCAAGUUGCAAGAGGGUGUGUGUUUUUCUGAGCUUUGGAUUCCAAGAUCCAGCAUUUGAUGAUGAAAUGCUGAAUCAGAGUCAUUCUUAGACCAACACACUGCAGAAUCAAGCACUGGAAUCGUUUGUUGUUUGGUCCCAAUCAAACAAAAAUGCAAUUUGCAAAGCUAGAUGACUCUCCUAUGUUCCGGAAGCAGAUACAAUGCAUGGAGGAAAGUGCUGAAUCUUUGAGAGAGAGAAGUUUAAAAUUUUACAAAGGAUGUAGAAAAUAUACUGAAGGACUUGGGGAGGCAUAUGACGGAGACAUUGCAUUUGCAAGUGCCCUUGAAACUUUUGGUGGUGGGCAUAAUGAUCCCAUCAGUGUGGCUUUCGGAGGCCCUGUUAUGACCAAAUUCACUAUAGCCUUACGAGAAAUUGGGACAUACAAAGAGGUCCUUCGAUCACAGGUUGAGCAUAUGUUAAAUGAUAGAUUGCUCCAGUUUGUAAACAUAGAUUUGCAAGAGGUCAAGGAAGCACGGAAACGUUUUGACAAGGCUAGCCUUAUUUAUGACCAGACUCGUGAAAGGUUUCUGUCACUGAGAAAAGGCACAAAAAGUGAAGUAGCUAAUGCCCUAGAAGAGGAGCUUCAUAAUGCAAGAUCUACAUUUGAGCAAGCUCGGUUUAAUCUGGUUACUGCCUUGUCAAACGUUGAAGCCAAGAAGAGGUUUGAAUUUUUGGAAGCAGUUAGUGGGACAAUGGAUGCGCAUCUUCGUUACUUCAAACAGGGGUAUGAAUUGUUGCACCAGAUGGAGCCAUAUAUUAACCAGGUCUUGACUUAUGCUCAACAGUCAAGAGAAAGGUCCAAUUAUGAGCAGGCAGCUCUCAAUGAAAGAAUGCAAGAAUACAAACGGCAGAUUGACCGAGAGAGUAGAUGGGCUUCAAACGGUUCUAGUGGAUCUCCUAAUGGAGAUGGCAUACAAGCCAUUGGUAGAAGUUCACAUAAGAUGAUAGAGGCAGUUAUGCAAUCUGCUGCAAAGGGAAAGGUCCAAACUAUUCGACAGGGUUAUCUCUCAAAACGAUCGUCAAACUUAAGGGGAGAUUGGAAGAGGAGGUUUUUUGUUCUUGAUAGUCGGGGAAUGCUGUAUUACUACCGUAAACAAGUCAGCAAGUCAUCGGGAUCUAGCAGUCAACAUUCUGGUCAAAGGAAUAGUUCUGAGCUCGGGUCUGGACUUUUAAGUCGAUGGUUGUCUUCUCAUCAUCAUGGUGGAGUACAUGAUGAGAAAUCUGUUGCUCAUCAUACUGUGAACCUUCUUACAUCUACAAUCAAAGUUGAUGCUGACCAAUCAGAUUUGAGGUUUUGCUUCCGGAUCAUCUCACCAACAAAGAACUACACUUUGCAGGCAGAGAGCGCACUGGACCAAAUGGAUUGGAUUGAAAAGAUCACAGGUGUUAUUGCCUCAUUGUUGAGUUCUCAGAUUCCUGAAAGGUUAUUACCUGCAAGUCCAAUGGGAAGUGCUCAUAACAGGUCUACCAGUGAGAGUAGUUCUUUUGAAAGUUCCGAUUUCGAUCACACAGCUAUUGAAGAAUUUGCAGCAGAGAGAAAUCCUGCUACAGCAAAUGUGGACCGCAACUCGAGAAGUUUGCAGCUGCAGCGAUCCGGUAUUAAAAAUGAGAAGCCUAUUGAUGUGUUGCGAAAAGUGUGUGGGAAUGAUAGAUGUGCUGAUUGUGGUGCCUCUGAACCUGAUUGGGCAUCACUAAAUCUUGGUGUUCUUGUUUGCAUCGAGUGCUCUGGUGUUCAUCGAAAUCUUGGUGUACACAUAUCAAAGGUCAGGUCACUUACGUUGGAUGUUAAAGUGUGGGAACCUUCUGUAAUAAGUUUGUUUCAGUCUCUUGGGAAUACUUUUGCCAACUCUGUCUGGGAGGAAUUAUUGCAAUCGAGAAGUGGCUUUCAGGUUGAUCUUGUUUCUACAGGGUUAAGCAGGCCUGAUAAAUCACUAGCACUUUUCGUCAGCAAACCUUCUCAAUCCGAGUCUCUAUCUGUUAAGGAAAAGUUUAUCAAUGCAAAGUAUGCAGAGAAGCUUUUUGUUCGCAAGCCAAAGGACAGCCAAUACCGUCUACUGGUGGCACAACAGAUAUGGGAAGCAGUUCGUGCUAAUGACAAAAAAACCGUGUAUCGAUACAUUGUUAAUUCUGACAUUGAUGUCAAUGCUGCUUAUGAACAAAUGUGUAGCAGCUCUUUAACCCUUGCUAAAGUGAUGCUAUUACAAGAGCAAACAAACCAUGAUCACGGCUCUAUAUCGAGAAACACAUUGGACUGGUCCUCUGCUAGCUCUUUGAACGCAGGCUCUAAAGAAGGACGUGCCAUUGACAACCUAGAUGGGUCUACCCUACUUCAUCUUGCUUGUGAAACUGCAGAUAUUGGCAUGCUGGAGCUCCUUCUACAGUAUGGUGCAAAUGUCAAUGCAACCGAUUCGAGAGGUCAAACGCCAUUACAUCGCUGUAUUCUCAAAGGCAAAUCUACAUUUGCAAGAUUACUUCUUUCAAGGGGAGCUGAUCCUCAAGCUGUGGAUGAUGAGGGAAGAACCCCUAUCGAGCUCGCUGCGGAGUCAAAUGCCGAUGACAGACAAGUCCAUGCUCCAUCCACCGAUUCUAAUGGAUGAAAGUGAUAAGGAAAAGGGUCUCUCUAGCUCCAAGUAUAUUACAGAUAUAAGAUAUGGAAGAUUGGAUUAUUGUAAAUUUGUAUUUCAUAAAUUAAAAAAGCUGUUUUUUUUUUUCUUUUCUUAAUGAAGGAUGUCACUAGUGUUGAAGGCUUAAAAAGGAGAGUGGUAGGUUGAAAUGCCUGCCCCUUUAAUAUUUUAUCCUCUUUGUGCAAAAUUAGUGCCGAGAUUUGUAAUGUAAAAUGACCACAUUGGUCUGAUCAAGAGCACUGAUAUAUUUGGUGGCAUGCAGGAAGCUCUGUAAUAUGUUGUUUUGUGUAUUUUAAUUUGCUUCCUUUUGUGGUGAAGCUGAUGAGAUGUGUUAGGCUCUAGGGGAUUUCUGUAUCACUGUGUACAUUGGUUUAUUUUGGUGAAGGUGUUGUGGCUGUAAUUCACUAUUUAUGUUUUUUUUUU